AUGGUAUAUUUUGCAACGACCCCCUUCUCCUUAACCAAUGGCGCGGUUCAUGUUUAUACAUCAGGUUUUUCAAUUGGUGUCAGUACUGACUUUGGUUUGGAGGUCUCCUAUGAUGCUCAUCAUCUUGUGAACAUCAAAGUUCCAUCCAGUUACCAGGGAGCAACAUGUGGCCUUUGUGGGAACUUUAACAAUGACCCAGAUGAUGACAUUCAACCACCAGAAGGAGAUAUUGUGAGCCCUCUUGACCUUAGUCAUAGCUGGUUGGUGCCAAAUGCUGAUGAGUCUGAAUGCAUGCCCUGUGAAGGUCAAGACUGUAGUCAUUGUUCUGAAGAUGAGAGGGCUUUAUUCAAUAAUCCUGACAACUGUGGCAUCCUUCGAGACAGAUCUGGACCUUUUGCAGCUUGUCAUGAGGUGCUUUCACCAGAGUCUUUUGUGUACAAUUGUGUGUAUGAUCUGUGUUCGGAGGGAGGGCAACAAGACAUUCUCUGUCUAGCCCUAAAUGUCUACGCCAGUCAGUGUCAAGAAAAAGGUGUACAACUACAAACAUGGAGAAGCCCCGGCUUCUGUGAAAUCAUAUGUCCAGAAAACAGCCACUUUGAGCCUCAGAGCACAGGAUGUCCAGCUACUUGUGUCAACCCUGAGUCUCAUAAUGACUGUGCACUCGCUCCCCUUGAGAGCUGCGCUUUGUGGCUGUAA